UUUUUUAUGUCUAGAAUGUACCAUCUAAUGACCGGCCCUGUCAUCCCCCCGCGCGCGCCGGAGCGGUCGAGUCCACCCCGUCUUAAGCGCUCGGCAUGGUUUAGUCCAGACCACAACAUCAUGGCGAUAGAUGGUGGAGAGCGAAACUGUGGAGUACAUGAGCUUAUCUGCAUCAGAAAAGUGUCUCCUGAGGCUCUGGGAUUUCUGUCUGGCAUUGGAGUCUUCAUCUUUCUUGUGAUUGUACUCUUUCUUUACCUCAAUAACAAAUUGUCCCUUGAGAGUGCCAACCAACUGCCCGGUCUUGACCAGUACAGAAAGAGCACAGAGCCAGCAGAAAAGAAUUAUGUUAACACAGACUAUCACUGCUCGUCAUCAGACAGUGAUGAUGAGGUGAUCGGACAGUACCAGGAGGCAGUGUCUCGGUCACAGGGUCUCCGCGGUGGCUCAGCAGUGACUAACUUACUCCACCAGAAGUCCUAUGGCUGGGACACGCAACACAAAUACUGCCCCCUGGCCGCUGAGUAUGACGGCUACAGUAGUGAGGCAUCAGCAGAUGAUGCCAACUGUAUCCAGCGGAUGAGACGGACGCCGCCAUUGGAUGAGCUGCAGCCUCCACCCUAUCAGGAUGAGGAUGGGUCACCACGUAUGUCCUGCACACCCUCUGAACUGGGUGAUGCCAAAUGUGACCUUUCCCACGGAAGCGAGAGCCCCAGACACAGCUAUGGAAAAUGUCCGAGUGACCUCAGUGGAGCACCGGAAACAGAAAGUUUCCUCAAUAAAGGCUAUGAAGAAGAUGUACCCAGCGAUAGCACCGCAGUACUCAGCCCAGAGAAUCUCUCUGCACGUGGUUCAGCGGCUCAGCUUCCUAAAGGUUAUGACCCCGAGGCCCUCGCACAACGCGGAACCCUUGAUGUCAUCUUUGACUACGAUUCAUCCGACCAGCGUCUGUCGGUCACGAUAACAGCUCUGACGGACAUUCCCCCUCAUAAACGCACGGGUAACAUUUCCUGGCAAGUGCAUCUGGUGCUUCUGCCCACCAAGAAACAAAGGGCCAAAACCAUCAUCCAGCGUGGCCCCUGCCCCACCUUUACAGAAACCUUACACUUUGGCCAUAUCGAGCCAGAGAUGAUCGGGAACUAUGCCAUCCGGUUCCGUUUGUACAGCGUGCGCAGGAUGAAGAAAGAGAAGGCUCUUGGAGAGAAGGUCUUCUACCUCACCAAACUUAACCUGCAGGGCAAAAUGUCUGUUCCCAUUAUUCUGGACCCCUGCUGCAACAUACCUGGCAGUGACUCACAAGCAAGCGUGUCAGACGUGUCAUGCAGUGAGACGGCGUCAUCAUUCCCGUCUGCAGCUCUGGGGUCAGCUCCGGAGAUCCUGCUUGGUCUUGUGUACAACGCCACUACAGGACGGCUCUCUGUGGAGAUCAUCAAGGGAAGCCACUUUAAAAACCUGUCGGCAAAUAAACCUCAUAAUGGUUUGUUCUGUUGUCUAAAGCACUUGAUAGGUGGGCAGGUGUACAUAAUUCGAGACACGUAUGUGAAGCUCACUCUGCUGAACUCGAUGGGUCAAGAGAUGUCCAAAUGUAAGACGUCCAUUUGCCGCGGCCAACCCAACCCCACCUACAAAGAGACGUUUGUGUUUCAGGUAGCCCUGUUCCAGUUGUCUGACGUCACGCUCAUCCUGUCUGUCUACAACAAACGCAGCAUGAAACGGAAAGAGAUGAUUGGCUGGAUCUCUUUAGGGCUGAACAGCUCUGGGGAGGAAGAGCUUACGCACUGGACUCAGAUGAAGGAAUCGAAGGGACAGCAGGUGUGUCGAUGGCACAGUCUUUUGGAGUCUUAGAACAUUAAAACAGGGAUGAUGUGUGUAAUAUGAGAAAUGGGAUGGAGAAGGAUAGCAUUUCAGGCCCUCGAACGGCCCCGAAGGGACAGGGCUGGCCCCCACUGCAAGUGCAUUAUGGGAAACCUGAAAUUUCUCCCUCCCAGUGCACUCUGGGAAAUGGGUUAAAGGAUUUGGUGUAAACAGGUUAGAAAAUUCCAUACCUUUUAAUGAGGAAAACUAUAAUGAGAAAGAGUUUUAUAUUUAUUUAAAUAUUUAUUUAUAUAUGUUUUGACUUUGUGUUUCUAUUAGGGUUUGGCCAAAGAUGGGUUUAUUGUUUGCAAUUGAUGAUGGUAUUUUCAGAGUGAAAGAGAAAGAGGGGGAAUAUAUAUGUGGAUCAGGCCAGAAGUCCAGAGGUACAUGAUCUAUAGAGACAAGAUCAGAAAAAGUAAAAAUGUCUUUGCUCAGAUUUUAUGGAGAGUUUGACUAUAACUAAAUAGCUUUAAUGUCCUCAACAUUUGAUCAAAUUAUAUGAAAUUCGUGAUUUCAUUCAGUCAUUAUUUGAGUGAAAUGCAUGUAUUAAAAAAUAUAUUUUUUAACUAUAUCUCAUAGUAGAAACCCCUUAUAAAAUACAAUAUAUAAUAUAAAAAUAGAAGGCCAUUCAUAAACAUUUGAUGACUUUAUACAGUUAUGACUUAAAAAAGUAAGUUACCUGGUUGCCCUAAAAUUUGAGAUGGGUAUAAACAGAGGUUUAAUGUUAUGUGCGUUGUGCAGUUAUGCAAAAGUUUUAUUGUGAUCCUUGUUGCUAAUAAGACUCUAACUAAAUCCUUGCGGGCGGUUUCCCGGACAGGGAUUAGACUAGUCCUAGACUAAAAUAAAUGUAAGAGCCGUCCAAACUGAAAACAACUUGCAGUGACACACCUCAAAAUGCACACAAGUAAUGUUUUUUGUAAGGCAUGUUUGUUAAAACUAGUUAUAUUUCCAAAUUAAACUAAGGUGUAGCCCUGGCUUAAGCUAAUUCCUGUCCGGAAAAACACCCCUUGGUGUUUCAAGUCUGACAACAUCACACUGGUGUGGUUUCAUUUUACAGAAACAUAUUUUGUACCCCAACCCUAAACCCGAACCGCAGCUUAGUUUUAAAGUUUGAGGGCUCAACAUAAACUACGUUAUUGUCAUGUACCCAACCUUAACCCCAAACCACAGCAACGUUUUAAAGUUAGAGGGCUUGACAUAAACGAACAGACUUGAAACACCAAGUAUUUAGUUUUGCCGCCUAGGCAAGCCCCUCACAUUUGUGAAAUCCAGCCUACUUGUGGCGUAAGCUUCCUCACAUUUGCAGGUCUUAUGGUGCGUUCACACCAGCCGCAGUAGAGGCGGCAAAAACACGCUAAUUGCGCCUAGUUGGACGCUUGAACAUUUUGAGUUUACUCGCUUCAUUUGCGCGUGAAAGCCCCGCGUGAAAUUCUAGUCAUGCGAGACAUUCACAUGGAAAUUCGCGUCAUGGGAGGGGCUUCUGCAACUCCGCUGAGACUCCGCUCACUUCCUGUAAUCACGUCACUACUACAGCAAGGCGUGGAUAACCAACCCAUUUCACAGUUGAAAAGUUCCGAUUUUUCAACUCGCGCAUUUCCCGGUGGCAACUCUUAAUUUGUGCGGGAAGUGCCAUCCGCGCCAUUCACGCCGCGCAUAGCGCACCGCAGGAUGCCUAAUCGCGUCUUUGCAUUGACUUAACAUGUAAAUCACCCGCGCUUGCCGCCUCUACCGUGUCUGUUGGGAAUGCCCAGGUACUACGGCGCGGAUGCCGCAUUCCGCGCGAAUUGAGUGUUGGCGUGGGAAAUGCGCGAGUUGUAGAAUCUUAUCUUUGGCGGAUUUCCGCACUGCGUUAACCAAUCAGGACCUUGCUGUAGUAGUGACGUGAUUACAGGAAGCGAGCGGAGUCUCAGCGCAGUCACAGAAGCCCCUCCCAUGAUGCGAAUUUCCGUGUGAAUGUCUCGAAUGACUAGAAUUUCACGCAGGAAUGAAGCAAGUAACCUCAAAAUGUUCAAGCGUCCAACUAUGCGCAAUUAGCGCAUUUUUGCCGCCUCUACCGUGGCUGGUGUGAAUGCACCAUUAGUGUAAGCUUCUCCCAGCUGCAAGUCUGCGGCCUGCAGCGAUAUGAAGAGUUUGGUUUCAAAUUGAGAGAACUCUGCUUUUUUUAUUAAAUCUUGUUUUUUGAUUGUGCAUUCCAAUUAAUAUCAAUCAAACUGUAGUUGGUUGGUUUUGAUUUAAGCCUUCAUAACAAAAAUAAUACAGCUAAGUAGCACAAUAAAACACCAGAAAAACCUGAUAACAUAAUAAUAAAUGUGUUUUGACAAAAAAAAUUAAAAUCUCGUUUUGGAACCAAACUCUUCAUAUGAAUUUAAAAUGUUUAGUCAACCAGGAAACUUACUUUUAAUUAUUAAGUUGAAUCAACAAUUUUUUUUUCAGUGAACAUAUUUUACUUUUAGAAAAAUAUUUUAUUUAAAAAAAGACUUAAUAAUAAAACAAUAAUAUAAUGCAUAUAUGUAUAAAAUAUAAAAGCCAUUACAGGAGGUCCUGUAAGUAACUUUAGAGUCAUGUGACUGUUCUGAAUGUUAAGACCUUUAUAAACUAUUUAUUAACAUUUCUCAUAAUGACGAUGGCAUUGUCACUAGUUCAUAAUGUGUGUAUAAGGCAAACUUAUACAUCAGCUGACUGUUCCUAGAUUUAUAUCAUAGCAUUUUGUGAUCUCACAAUCUUGAAUGUUCAAGUUUAGAUGAGACCCAACACUUUGUAACACUGGAGAUGCAGAACUAAAGUCUUCUGGCUGAACGUCAGGAGGAGGGCCAGCGGUGUAGAUGUAGAUUUUGACAAAUUCUGAGGAUGUUUUGAGUAAAGGAUGGUUCUCAGUGCUUUGCUCUAUCUUUAAAGUGUCUUGAUCUCUGUGCGGUCAACCUGUGAAAUCUGUCUGAUAGUUUCUUUGCUUUCCUGAGAAACUCACUCAGUGAUUGUUACGUACUGUAAAUGGCACAUAGAUUUUGCGGAUCUAUUUUUGUAUCUAUAUAUGAGAAAUGGACUCAAAACACGUUCUUGUUAAAUGUAUGAAGCUCUGUGAGCAAUAUGGAGUUGUAGACUUUGUUCUACUUUUCACCGUUCUGUCGAAAUUUCUUUCUUUUGUUAAAAAAAUGUUUUUGUGAAUGUGUCACUCACUCAGUGUGCUGUUUCAAAGUAGGACCAGAUUAAUGUUGUAAAGCCUCCAUCUUCACUUUCCUGUUACAGUCAUGCAGCUGAAAAAGACUUAUGUUAGAUGUAUGAAUAUGAGUGAGUGUAAGAUGGUGUUUUGUUAUCUGUAUUCUUGGCUCUGCAGAUGUCUUUAUGUCAGUUUAUAAUAUAUAGUCUUCUGUUUACAUCUUUACCUAAAAAAGUCAAGAAUUAGCAGGUAGCUCAAUGCAAGAACAAAAAUGACUGCAACAAAAUGAAGCACAUUUUAAGGCACAUAAUGGAGUUAUGAAACACAUCUUGUGAAAGAGUCUCAGGCUUUGAUUGUCCUCAGAAAUCUGCACAAUAUCUCUCUUACAACACAACACACACAUCUGUCAAAACUCCUAGUUGGGCUAUUCCUCUUAUGUUGGAAGAUGUUCUCAUAAUAGUCCAGAAAUCUUUUUUUCCACCUGUCAGCAUUCAAGCAUGAUAAAACAGCUGUCAUAAUAACGAUGACAUAAUACAGCACAACAUUGAAAAUGUUAAAUGCAUUAUGACUAGAACAGCUGUGUAACAAAGUGACAUCGAUGGGCUGUUAUGUUUCACUUCUGACAGUUUUAUGAGGGGCUUGGUGUGCUGUUGACUCAUACAGAUAUGAAUUCCAAAUUAGUUUCCCACUAUAAAUAAGAAUCUGACUCAAACUAACUCAGUUGAAUAGGCUGGUGAAAUAAUCCUGCUAGUCUAAUCCCCAAUACUUCUGACCAUCCAUCGGUAUAGGU